AUGACGUACAUAGAUAGCAAAGAAAUACUGAAGUCAUACUACGAAGUUCUCUUAGUGGAUUCUCAAGCUCUGGAAGCUGAAAUUAAAGCUUCAUAUAAGAAGCUACUUCUUUCUACACACCCUGAUAAGACUGGCGAAUAUACUUCAAAUAACCUGAUAACACUUAUGAAAGAGGCAUACAAGACGCUUGUAGAUCCAGUGUUGAAGGCUGAGUACGACGAGAGUUUGACCAGGACCAUACAGAAACAAGGGUUUAAUUUAAAUGGAGAUGGGCUUGAUACUUAUGGCUUGAAUGAAUUUGAUAUAGAAGAAGACGAUGAAGAGGCCGUUGUCAGUUGUCCUAGAUGUCAGAUUGCUAAAGGCAUGGUCUUAUCAGAAGAAAAUCUCGCUGAAAAUGGUACUAGUGACGGCAAUGGAGGAUAUGAUAUAAUUGUACAAUGUUCCAGUUGUAGUCUUUGGAUCAAAGUCAAGUACUACGAAGAAAUUGAAACAGACCUGGAAGAUGAAUAA